UUCUUUAUUCACAUUCAUUGAAAGGGAAUUCUUCUUCUAAGCUAAGGAUCAGGACAUCAUCUCUUAUUUUUAAGCCAUUAAGGAUCGAAAAGUUAAACUGUAGGCUGAAAUUUAGCAGCAGCGGUAUGGCGGAUGUGGCGGCGGCCAAGCUGAGGAGGUUGGAGCACCACCGCGGCGUCGGCGACGUGCUCAAGCCGUCCUCUUUUAACAUGGAGCACCUCCCCUCGGAGAUUCAACCUGUUGUGAUGUCGCUGCUGUCACUAAAAGAGGCUGCAAGGACGAGCAUUGUGGCGAGAAACUGGAGAAAGCUAUGGACUUGCCACCCUAAUCUAUGCUUUGAUGGUAGCGAACACUGGCCUACAGAGGAGGAUUAUAUCAAAAUAAAAAGAACAAACUUCAUUGAGACAGUAAAUUAUAUUGUACAACAGCAUACUGGAACAGGGCUCAAUAAGUUCAGCAUAAGGUUCAGACUUGGGAAGGAACACUCGGAUCAUCUUUAUAAGUGGAUUGGCUUUGCCACUGCGUCAAGGGCCAGGAUUAUAGAUAUUGACCUGUGGCCAAAAAGGAGCAAGAUAGGACCAUUAGCAGAAGUUUGUGACUUUCCUCUUGAGCUCUUAGGUGUUCAAGAUGGGCCUUUUAUCCAGUCCUUGUUUCUCAAGUAUGUUUCUAUAAAGGCACACUCGGAUUUAUGUGGAUUCAGAAAGAUCAGGAGACUUCUUUUGCACUGUGUUGAAAUAUUUGGAGAUCUUCCAGGCUUGCUAAGUAAUUGUUGUGCUCUUGAGGACUUGGAGCUGGUUUCGUGCCGUGGUGUGGUUCAUCUAAAUGUACCACACCAACUCAAUGAACUUAGACAUUUGCUAAUUUCAAAAUUUUUUGCCCGAUCGAUUGACUUUCAUGUUGCUGGUCUUGCUCAUUUUGAGUACAGCGGAGAAGUGAUUCCUAUAGCACUUCAUGGUUGCUCAAAAUUAGAGAAGGCAACUAUAACAUUUAUAGGCAUAUUGGAAAAAGAAAACUUUGCAUUGAGCCAUGCAUUCACUUCAAUUCCCACUAUUUCGGCAGUAAAGGUGCUAAACUUAAUUGCUGAUAUGCAAGCCCACCCCGUCUGGGCCCCACAGGUGCAUGCGUUGAUGACAAGACCAGCAUAUAUGUUUAUGCUUUUGAGGCAUCUGACUUGUGAAAUAAAAAUCUUUACUGAUGAUGCAGAUAACCAUGUUGGAAUGAUUCGAUUUGCUCACUUUUUGAAUCUUGCACCCCAACUGGAGACCUUGCAAUUGCAUAUGUUCUUUUAUUCGUAUCAUUCCCCCUCUUGGCAUGAGGAGCCAACAGGGAACGAAGUCUCUUCCUGCCUUCAUCACCUAAACAAGCUCAAGACGGUUUACAUGAGUGGAUUCCGCUGUUACUGGUCUCAGGUUGAGCUCCUGUAUGGCAUCCUGGUAAAGAGUUCCUCCGUGCUUGAGCAUAUAACCAUAGAUCCGAAGGUGAAAAUCAAGCCCUGUGGUUCUGAAAAUUCAUACUUGCCUAUAUACAAGAUUCGUGAUUUAGCACGCCGGGCCUAUCAAAGCUUUGGUAAAGCGAUCAAUGUUGUUGAAUGAGUGGUCAUAAAUGAGUUAUUAGCAGUCUGUUAUGUAUUUCUGUUUCCCUUGAGUAUUUAUGUCCCCGUUAACUGUGACAAUUAAAGUUUGGACUUUUCUUUUAGAACUUUUAUGUUGCAAUUUUUUGUUUAUUGCUACCUCUGUUCUUAAACAUAUGGAACUAAAAUCAGACAGCUAGUCAAGUUCAUAUGGAACUAAA